AUGGCGGCGGCCCCACGCGCGUGCCGAGGACACGGGCGGCCGCUCCCGGUACUGCUGCUGCCGCUGCUGCUGGCGCUGCCGCCUUUGGGGGGCCCGCCCGGCGCCGCCGCCUACUUCCCCGAGGAGCGCUGGAGCCCUGAGUCGCCGCUGCAGGCGCCGCGAGUGCUGAUCGCGCUGCUGGCGCGCAACGCGGCCCACGCGCUGCCUGCCACUCUGGGCGCGCUCGAGCGGCUGCGGCAUCCGCGGGAGCGCACGGCGCUGUGGGUGGCUACAGACCACAAUGCAGACAACACGUCAGCAGUGCUUCGGGAGUGGCUGGUGGCUGUGAAGGGGUUGUACCACUCUGUGGAGUGGCGGCCGUCGGAGGAGCCCAGGUCCUACCCAGAUGAGGAGGGCCCCAAACACUGGUCUGACUCACGCUACGAGCAUGUCAUGAAGUUGCGCCAGGCGGCUCUGAAAUCAGCCCGGGAUAUGUGGGCUGACUACAUCCUGUUUGUGGAUGCCGACAACCUGAUCCUCAACCCUGACACACUGACCCUGCUCAUCGCAGAGAAUAAGACGGUGGUGGCCCCCAUGUUGGAUUCCCGGGCUGCAUACUCCAACUUCUGGUGUGGGAUGACAUCCCAGGGCUACUACAAGCGCACGCCUGCCUACAUCCCCAUCCGCAAGCGGGACCGCCGGGGCUGCUUUGCAGUCCCCAUGGUGCACUCAACCUUCCUGAUUGACCUGCGGAAGGCGGCAUCCAGGAACUUGGCCUUCUACCCUCCGCACCCUGACUACACCUGGUCCUUUGAUGACAUCAUUGUUUUUGCCUUCUCCUGCAAGCAGGCAGAGGUCCAGAUGUACGUCUGCAACAGGGAAGUGUACGGCUUUCUGCCGGUGCCACUGCGGUCACACAGCACCCUCCAGGACGAGGCCGAGAGCUUCAUGCACGUGCAGCUGGAGCUCAUGGUGAAGCACCCACCCUCGGAGCCCUCGCGGUUCAUCUCAGUGCCCACCAAGACGCCAGACAAGAUGGGCUUUGCCGAGGUCUUCAUGAUCAACCUGAAGCGGCGGCAGGACCGGCGGGAGCGCAUGCUGCGGGCCCUGGAAGAGCAGGAGAUAGCGUGCCGGCUGGUGGAGGCUGUGGACGGCAAAGCCAUGAACACCAGCCAGGUGGAGGCUCUGGGCAUCCAGAUGCUGCCGGGCUACCGGGACCCCUACCAUGGGCGGCCCCUUACCAAGGGCGAACUGGGCUGCUUCCUCAGCCACUAUAACAUCUGGAAGGAGGUUGUGGACCGCGGGCUGCAGAAAUCCCUCGUGUUUGAGGAUGACCUACGCUUCGAGAUCUUCUUCAAGAGGCGACUGAUGAACCUUAUGCGGGAUGUGGAGCGGGAGGGUCUGGACUGGGACCUCAUCUACGUGGGCCGGAAGCGGAUGCAGGUGGAGCACCCCGAGAAGGCUGUGCCCCGCGUGAGGAACCUGGUGGAGGCCGACUACUCGUACUGGACCCUGGCCUACGUGAUCUCCCUGCAAGGCGCCCGCAAGCUGCUGGCUGCCCGGCCGCUCUCCAAAAUGCUGCCCGUGGACGAGUUCUUGCCAGUCAUGUUCGACAAGCACCCAGUGUCUGAAUACAAGGCCCACUUCUCCCCUCGGGACCUGCGCGCCUUCUCCGUGGAGCCCCUGCUCAUCUACCCCACGCACUACACAGGGGACGACGGGUACGUGAGCGACACGGAGACCUCAGUCGUGUGGAACAACGAGCACGUCAAGACCGACUGGGACCGCGCCAAGUCCCAGAAGAUGCGGGAACAGCAGGCCCUGAGCCGCGAGGCCAAGAACUCGGAUGUGCUCCAGUCCCCGCUGGACAGUGCCGCCCGGGAUGAGCUCUGAGAGCUCUGAGGGGCGGUGGCCGUGAAGCCAAAGCAGCGGUCGCUGGCCCGGCCCCCACACGCCCACCGGGGACCUGUGGCCCCUGGCAGGCCCCGGAGGGCUCCCCUCACUGGGCGGCGUCCAGCCGGCUCUUGCUCAGCAAUCACGUGCACGCAGGCAGCAUUAAUGGAGUGCCUACUGUAUGCCAGGCGGCCUGGGUGGGAACUGUUCAUCUCUGGGUGCACCCAACACUUGGAUUGGUCGCAGGGUGCCAGGUUCCCUUGCUGAUGGCGUCAGUCAGCAAGCGUUAUCGAUCCCCCAUCAAGAAUCAGGCCCUAGUGAUACACAUUCACUGUUUCAAUUCCUGCGAGUAUUUAUUAAGUGCCUACUGUAUGCAAGGCACCAUCCCAGGCUCUGGGACAAGUGAGGCAUACUUUCAUUUGUCUGAACACAUACUGAACACCAACUCUGUGCCCGGUACUUGUGACACAAAAGUUCUUACCGACUCAGUGCAUUUAUGGAGUGCCUGCUGUGUGCCGGGAGCUGAGCGUGGUGCUAGGGCGGAAGAUAAUCAAGGUGCUUUUCACUCUAAUUGGUUUCUUCACACAUCCAGAGAGCAUCUCUCCUGCGCUAGUGAAGCAGGAAACCGGACAACAGCUGUUCAGUCAGCAUUCGAGCCCCCACAGAGGUGGGCGAGUCCUUCCAUUUCUUCAUGCAGCGAGCACUUACUGCGUGCCUGCUGUGUGCCUGACCUCGCGGACUCCCGGUGGGGCUGACUGAGUUUGAUUCCUCUUCUGCACCACCCCCGUCACCUGAAAUGUGUGUAUAUAACAUCCCCCCACCACUGCCCAGGAGCAGGGGUGACUCUUCCCUCAGCAGAGACAGCCACGAGUUUCAGAGACCCCACGCCCUCAUGCAAGGCUCCCCUAGACCCAGCCCCCCUGGAGGGGGCAAGGACCCCUCUGUCCUCGGUUGCUUGGCCGCCCUGCCCUGCAUCUCAGGUGUGGUCUACCUGCUUGAUGGCAUUCUUUUGUCCAAGCCUCUGGUGGGAUCAUGUGUUUGGGGCCUCGGAUGGGCUCCGCUGCACUGGGGCGCUAUCCAUGGCCUGGGCAGGACGUCCCCCAGCACAGCCUGGAGGACUCACCGUGCAUUCAAGCCUGAAACGAAUGUCAGAACCGGCCAGCGGUGCCUCGUCCUCUGAGGGGUAACUAACUGCUGUCCCGGUCGGGUUCUGGAUAACUUGCUUAUUUUUUUAUUAAAUGUUCCUGGUUGGGUUUUCACAUACAUCUGUGUUCCCUUCUUGGCCCAAUGGUCUGCUCAUUGCCUACACACCACCCACACUCCUCACCCCCUGCUUCAGGCCAAGACGUGGGAGGAGACCAGGUGCUGGCAGGGAGCCAGUGAGGCAGGUGAGGGCGGAAUGAGAGCCUGGUGCCCCAACGCGCCCUGUGGAACUUACCCAGCAUAGUGCAGGGAUGACAGACGGCCAGCCGCACUCUACCCUAUAGGGUCAGGUACAGGACUGUCUCAGAGGACAGAAUGAGGAGGGCGUGGUCAUAGUUUGGAGUCUCAAAAAAAUAGACCCUGAGAUGAGGACUUGAGUUAUCCAAGAGAUGACCCCCAGAUGGCCCCCAGGGUGACGCAAAGAAGAGCGGGAAGGAGUCCUGCAGGGGUCGCCAGUGAGCCAUUCAGUUCAGUUCAGUCGCUCAGUUGUGUCCGACACUGUGACAGUGAGCCAUUAACUACAGUAACUGGGGACCUUAGAUGGGGCUGAGCAAUAUAUAGCAUCGACCGUAGAGUGGUCCCAGCCCCCAGAUGAGGGAGGUGGGGCAUUUAUCCACCCUCAACAACAUGUACAUUUUCUGGGUCAAAUACUUAAACAUUUUCAAGAUUCUUAAGCCCUUAGGGCUUGGAGGCAUAUACCGGAGGCUUUUACAAAAUAACAGAUGGUGUGUGAUUCUAGUGAAAUGAGAAUUUACAGCUAAGCAAACUGAAAAAAAGCAAAAUUAAGUCAUACCUCCUCAGAGACAACUUAACUUUCUGGUGACAAAACUUUUCAGUCUUACCCAUGUGCAUGGUGCAAAUAUAUACAUGUUUUGAAAAAGAAGUUUCAUAUUACAUAAACUCUGUUACAGCCUGCUUGUAUUUUCUCCCACACAACACAUUUUUAUUUCAGAAACACAGGAUCAAAUUGUACCCCGGGGUUUUUUUUUUUUCUCUCCCAGCAAGGUUCUUUGUAACUUUUAACAGCGUAUUGUGGACAUUCUAAUCAGCACAGGCACCUACCAGCUCUUUUUGGAUUGUUACAUAUAAUAAAAAAUACCAUAAUCAGGAUGGACCACCAUUUACUCAAUCAUCCUGACUGAAGAAUAUCACAGUCCGGCAGUGAACGGCAUUGUACAACACAUCUUUCCUACUGGAUUUUUUAUUUCGGUUGGGUAAGUUGAUACAGAUGAGAUUGCUGGGUUAACAGAAAUGAACGCUUGAUGUUUCAGUAGAGACUACCAUAUUUACUCUUGUUAAAUCCUAACUAUUCAUCGUUUGUCUACCAGGGUGUCCA